AUGGAUAAAUUGUAUAAUUCUUUAGCUCCGAAAUUCAAAGGAAUAGCAAACUCUUAUAAAAAUCUGGCUAAUCAAACCAAAUAAAUUGCUUCAAAUACUAUAGAUAAAUUAAGUAAAUAAGCAAUUCUUGGAGACAUUGUGGCAAUUAGCAAUAGAUUAUUUUGGAUGGAAUAUCCAUCGAAUGAUAAAAUAGAAAAAUUAUCGAGUUAUUUAAACACUAAUUAUCAGAAUCAUUACUAUAUAUGGAAUGUUGGAGAGAGAGAGUUUACAACAGAAUGGUUUUGCAAUUAAGUAGAGUGAAAAAGUAAGUAGGUUGCCAAUCAUUCACAUCCAGGAUAUCCAUGUCCACCAUUAAUCGAGUUGUUGAUGAUUUGCAAGAAUAUAAUCUAUUUUCUCAGUAGUGAUAGAAAUAACAUCGCAAUUGUUUGUUGCCAAGAAACAAGAGGAAGAAGUAUUAUGGUAUUAUCUUCAUUAUUGGCUAUUAUGGGAGCUGGUUAUGUAAUCAAAUAUAUUAUUUAAUCUUAGCCUGGAGAAUGCUUAUUACGUGUAUGUUAAAAAAUAAACACAAAAGAUUUUUAAGCCUUAUUUCCAUCAUAACAUAAGUAUAUCACUUAUGUUGGGAAUGUUUUAAAUGGUCUUAAAUUAAAUAGUUUAUGUUUGAGAUUAAUAUCCAUAGUUAUAUCUGGCAUACCAAAAGUCUAGAAUUGUACAAUGUUUAGACCAUAUAUUCAAUUAUUCAAGAAUGAUAAACCUAUCUUUAAUUCAUUAACUGAUGGGGAACUUAAAAAUUAUUAAUAGGGAGAUUUGAGUUGUAUUUUUGAUCUAAAAGGAAUUGAAGUAAAAGUCUUAUAAAAAUUAUUAGCUUUCAGAUGAUAUUUUAAUUAGAUGCAAACAUUUUGAGAACAAUACUACUAGAGUGCCUUUAUUUAGAGUUAUGUUUAAUUGUUCAUUUUUAUUUGAAAAUAUACUUCGAGUAUGGGAUAGAGAGUUGGAUAAAAGUCCAUAAAUGAAAACAGAUAAAGAAUUUUUUGUUGAUUUUAUUUUUGAAAGAGGAAAUUAAAAAUCAUUCUAAACUGCAGAUAGACCUUAAACAUUUAGCAAUGAUACAAAAUCAUCUAAUUAAUUAUUAUUAUAAAUUAUAUAGGAAUGCAAAGGAUUAGUUGUGAAAGAAAAACAUAUAGUUGAUGGUUUAGAAGUAUGUCAUGAACAAUAAAAAAAAAAAGAAGAAGUAUUUAGUUUGGGUAAUGAAACAGACAAAAAAGAUUAUGAUGAUUCAGAUGAAAAAUAACCAGAAUAAUAGCAACCUAAUAAAAAGGGAUUUGAAAAUGAGAUUUAACCAUAAUAAUUAUUUAUAGAGUAAAUUAAAUAAUAACCCCAACAAUAAUUUUAAUAGUAAUCACCAAAAAAAUAAUAAGAAAAACAAAUAUAAUAAAUAUAAAUAUAAUAAGUAUAAUAAGUAUAAUAAGAUAAAAAAGAAGAAAAAAUUAGUUAAUAAUAAUAAAUAGUAUAAAAAGAAAAUGGAUCAGAUGAAAGUGAAGAUGAUGAUGAAUAAUUAAUUGCAAAAUUUGAAUAAAAGAUUCAAACUAAGACAGGAGAUAGUGAUGAAGAUUGUGAUGAUUUCUUAGAUGAUUUAAUUAAAUAAGGAGAUAAAUAAGAAUGA